UCACCAUACUCCCUUCGCUACUGUACGGAAAGGAAUCCCUUUGGGCGUCGCAGCUGUGGGCAAAGCGGGAGUUGGGGCGCCGCGAGGGAGAGAGCAGCAAGGAAGAGGAAGAGAGAAGGAGAUAAGAGUCAGUGGAGUCGAUGGGAAUGGCGGUGCUCAUGGCUUCUCCGAAUCCUCCCGUCGCUCUAAGGAGCAAGAUAGAGACUUCCCAGAGCCAGAGAACUCUAGCCCAUUACAGAGCCUCAGUAUCCAUAGGAUCUCAUUCUAGGUGUCAUUUUUUGACUCAUUCCGUUAAAAUACGAGCUGCUGAACAUUUUGGUGAGCCAAAAAAUGUAACUGAUUACCUGGAUGAUUUAGUAAAGAGCUUGUGGGAGACUUCUCCCAGACCGCUGAAAGAGUUCCCAUGGAAGGAAGCUAAAUAUAUGAUUCUGGAGCGCUUGCUCUUUCAUGGACAGAAGGCUUUUAAAUGGUCCAUUAUUGUGCUUCUUGUUGUCAGUUCUGUAUCAGAUGUAUUGCUCGCAAUCUCAAGAAAUAGAGAGCUUAUGAUUCCCAUUGGUUUAUUCAUAGGUGUUGCACUGACAGAUUUCUUCAGGGAGUUCUUGCAUGAGUAUUUUCGGAGUAUGAAGGAUGAAUCUUUUAAGCAUCUCGUGGGCAUUGGAUUGUUUUUUGUGCUCAUUAAGCUUAUCUCGUUAAGCUUUGAAGUUCCAGGCGGGUAUUGUUUUCUCAUAUUGGGAAUGGUGGCUUGAUGCAAGUCUUCUGGUUAUCAAAAGAGUUGCGGCAUACUGAGGAUAAGCAGCAGAAAGAACAAAGGCUGGAUGUCUCAUCACCAGAAGUUCAAGGGACUUAAAUGUGUGGCUUUACUGCAUAAAGAGAAUGCUGUCAUAGGCUGGAUCAUGAGUUACCUGACUUUUGGUUUUUGCCUAGUGAUGAGUUCUUCCAGGGUCUGAAUUCUCGGUAUAAAUUUUGUGAAGUCGCACCUUCUUUUCUGAGGCCGUAGAGCAUCAUCUGCAUGCAAAUUGUAAUUCGCAUAAUUUUGAAUCAGAUAUGAAUUAACUCAGAUCGUCAAUCCGGUCAAAUCAACUUUGUUUUUCAACAA